GGCUGAAUGAAUGAGGGCGGUCCCGUUCUUGUUGAGUGUUCUUCCGGCUUACAUGUUGGAAAAAAAGAAAAGACGAAUGGAAAAAUUGUAAUCUACAAAGCGAAUAUUGGCUUUUUACUCCGCAACACGGUAGUAAACGGUUAAAAUGAGCUCCCAGCAGUUUCCCCGACACGGGCUGCCUGCCUCCAGCGGGGGAGCUCCUCAGAUCUCUGCAAACCUGGUGUCUGUCAACCAGCAGUCACAUCCACAAGGAGGAGAUGCAGACAGCUCUCGGGAUGCUGAGCACAGCCAACAGGAUCAUCCUCCUUCAGGGGGAGGGGGAACCUUGGCGUUUAGAGAUGACAAGCAGGAUACCAUGGUGGUUCGACCUUACCCACAAGUGCAUACACACGGUCAGCCGCAAGCUGCUCCCCAGGCUGUGCCCAUCCAGUCAGGCGCACCUGUGUCUGUACCUGCCCCCCCAGUCCACCUUGCACAGGGCCAGCCUGCAGUCCUCACUGAGGGACAGAUGAAGGCUGUCCUAAAGUCCCCUAUGCCAAGUCGUCUCAUUGCUCCUGCACCAGCCUCCAACCAGGCCCAUAUUCCCAUACCCCCCAAGGUGCCAGGUCACAUUACUGUCACCAUAGAGAGCAGUAUUGCUCCGACCCCAUCUAUUCCUGUGGCAACCAUCAGCGGUCAGCAGGGACACUCCAGCAACUUACACCACCUGAUGCAGGCAAAUAUUCAGAUCAUUCGGGGUAGUGCCCCGUUGCAGAUUGGCACCCCCACUGUGCCUCCACAGACCUUCACAUCCCAUUUACCCAGAGGGGCUGCUGCAGCUGCUGUCAUGUCCAGCUCUAAAACUGUACUGCGACCAGCAACUGGAGCAAGUGCAGGCCCCGGCCAGCCCACCGUGCAGCACAUCAUCCACCAGCCUAUUCAGUCUCGGCCUGCAGUAACAACAUCUACAGCGGUGCUUCCAACUGUUGUGGCUCCCAUUUCAGUAACAAGAACUCAGUCUCCAGUCAUCAGUCCAUCAGUGACACACCCUGCAGAGGUGGCACAUGGGCGUCCAGGUCUCACCAUUCAUCCUCCUCCUGCCACCGUCAGUAUUCAAAGGUCUCAACCGUCCCGUGACACUGCCACACGGAUCACGCUGCCAUCUCAUCCUGCUAUUGGAGCUCAGAAGCCUCAGCCUCCGCACACCAUGACGCAGAAGCCAAUCUUUAGUUCUGUGGCACCUGUAGCUGCAGCGACUGUGGCACCGAUUGUUGCCACUAACACAGUGCCAUCAACCACAACAAUAGGCUCAGUGCCGCACACUCAAAUGACCAACAACACCAUUGUCACCAUGACGAUGGCCUCGCACUCCUCUCAUGCCACAGCAGUGACUACCUCUGCCAUCCCUGUUGCUAAAGUAGUCCCUCAGCCGAUCGCCCACUCUACAUCCCGGGUGCAGCCUGACUACCCAGGAGAGAGAGCCAACCUCAUCCCCAUCCCGGGCCAUCGGUCGUCUCCUAACCCUGUCACCAUGGAGGCCAGAAGUGAUAACAGGCCGCCUGUGCCGGUGCAGUUCCAGUAUUUCCUGCCUGCCUACUCCUCGUCAUACCCUCUGACACACACCUACACCCCCAUCAGCAGCUCUGUGUCUACCAUCCGCCAGUAUCCUGUUACUCCUCAAGCUCCAAGUUCAGCUCUGCCCACCCAAGCUGGAGUCGGCGUUGCGACCACCGUCCAUCUGAACCACAUGCAGCUGAUGGCAGUGGAUCGGAUCGGUCUCCCGUCUGCACAAAUCAGCACCCAAGGCAUCCAGCCCGCACCAAUUGCUGCACAGGGCAUUCAGUCCACACCGAUAGGGGUGCAGGGCCUGCACACAUCUGCACCACUCACCACACAAGGAAUACAACAGACGCCCAUCGUCACUCAGCAGCAGCAACAGCAGCAGCAGCAGCAGCCACAGUCUGAAGCAAAGCCAGGGGUUGUUUUGGCUGAUGGCUUUGUAGCAAGCCCCAUCAGCACUACAUUCAGCACCACCCAGCCGGUAGCCAACAUGGUGCAGGCUCACACCCAGGGAGGAGUAGGAGGCGCGCCCACCCUGGUCUCAUCCCCGAGACCCAGCAUCCUCCGCAAGAAGCCAGCGAAUGAAAGCUGUGUCCGUAAGAACCUGAUCCCUGCUCAGCCCAGUGAAGCAGGUGGAGGCAGAAUUGAGAGUGGUGUGAGAGGAGCAGGAUCUCCCCGACCUGCAGGUGUGAAGCCUAAAGCUGAGGUGCACAUGGCGGUGGCCCCUCCUGUCAUGGCUGCAGUAGAAGCGCUGCCCUCUCAGGGAGGAGAGCAGCAGUCCAUGUCCGCAAACGCCCAACACCUCGCCCAAGCCAUCCCCACCAUGCUCGCCACACCAGGACCCGUACCCCCCUCCCAGCCCUCCACUGUUCUCUCAGCCCUGCCGGCAGCCAUGGCUGUGACUCCCCCUGUUUCCGCCUCGAUGGCCAACACUGUGGCGUCCCCCACCCAGCCUGCAGCCAGCAGCACUGCAGCCUGUGCUGCCAGCUCCGCCUGCCCGGACAUGAAAAUCAAACAGGAGGUGGAGAGCAUGGACACGUCUCAGCCAGAUCCAAAUGCAAACUUGACAUCAGCCCCUGCUCUCAACACCCCAGGCUCCACUCUAAGCACUCCUGCCCCAGGAGAGCUGAUCCCCGGGGCCUCACCAAGGAAAAAGCCCAGAAAGCAGCAGCAUGUUAUUUCUACAGAGGAGAGCGAGAUGGUCGAAACCAACAGCACAGAUGAAGAGAAAGCUCCGGGAAGGCCCAUCACCGGCAGAGCUGAGAGACGUGAAUCACCACCCAGGGAAUAUGUUGAUGAGGAAGGAGUGCGCUAUGUACCAGUCAGACCUCGCCCUCCUGUCACUCUCCUUCGACACUACAGGAACCCCUGGAAAGCCGCCUACCAUCACUUUCAGAGAUACAGCGACAUCCGGGUCAAAGAGGAAAAGAAGGGCACCUUGCAGGAUGUGGCCAAUCAGAGAGGAGUGGCCUGCAGAGCACAGGGCUGGAAAAUUCACCUGUGUGCUGCACAGCUCAGGCAGCUGUCGAGUUUGGAGCACGACGUGUACAGCCGACUCUCCACCCUACAAGAGGGUCUGAUCCCGAAGAAGAGAGCCGGAGCCGACGAUGACCUUCACCGAAUAAAUGAGCUCAUACAGGGUAACAUGCAGCGCUGUAAGCUAGUGAUGGACCAGGUGACCGAGGCCAGAGACACCAUGAUGAAAGUGCUCGACCACAAAGAGAAAGUGCUGAAGCUGCUUAACAAGAAUGGGGCCGUUAAAAAGUCCUCUAAACUGAAGCGCAAAGAACGAGCAUGAACGUCUUCUCUGUGAACGAACAUCACCGCUGCCCCCUCCCUGAAGGGGUGAAGGAGCUGCUCGGAAUUUGGUGCUAUGAUUUGCUGUAAACAAUCGCAAGCACCCUCCCUAUCCGCCUGAGAGCGGACAGAGAGAAGUGACAAGGAGGGCCUUAAGAAGCAGGAAAGCUCAUCAGGAAAAGGUUCUCAUUCAAGUCCCUCGCACAUGUGCGUGGAGCAUCGUAGGUCGCAUUAGAGAGGCUAACCGGACGGCCCUGUUACUGUUUCCCUUUGGUUGUUUUGUUCAUUUUGGAAGAGACCAUUUUUACUAACUUAAUUUCUGCCUCAUCUUUUUAUUUGGCCUCUUUGUGUAUAUUUGAUUUUUGGCACUACAUGCAGGUGCAGUAAAUCCCUAAGAGUGAUGAAAGUGUUUCCGUAAAAUUUCAUCUUGCCUGGAGAGUAACUGAUCGAGGCAAAACCAUUCAGAAGGUCACAUAGUGAGCUGUGUGUAUACAGACUAAUCUCAGUUGUGCUCUUUUCAUUAAUCUGUGCCUUCAUUUUGUCGGUGAACAUGAAACUGAUAGAAACGCGUGAAAGCUGUUCCACAUGCUGUCAAAAUAAUCUUCAAAUAUUCAGAGAAAAGUUUCAGGUCAGUUUCACUGCUUCCCCUUUUUCUCAUGCACCUGGAUUUAUAUUUUAGUUUGACUAGUAGAACUAAAAUAUAAAAAAGGAGCCACAAGUCCAUGUCAUGUUAAAGAUAAUGCUCUAUUAAAGUUUGAGGACAAAAAAACUCUCCAAAUUUGUCAAAUUCAAUUAAUUUAAUAUGCAAAGAAUGCUCUUAAAGGAUUACAGUUGUCCUUGGGUUAACUGAACAUGAGAACGUACUGCAUAUGCAUAAUGCCAAGAUAACUUCACAUUUAACCUGCUGUGAAUCAACCACUUCAUCUAGAAGUAAACGGAUGUCAGCAGUCAGAAUAUCUCCAUUUGGUUUCAGUCGAGUUCGAAAUAGAGCGUGUGACACGUGCGUGAUGAAGCGAUGGACUGAAUUCAUGUAAAUCACUGUAAAUGUGCUUUUUGUUUUUCCAUUGAUCUGCUUUCUUUUCAAGUUUUGUACUCAAUGAAACUUUUUUGUGCAGUGUGAUGUGAGCCGCUUCAUUUUGCAGAGUGUAACGAUAAUGACAUUAUGAGGUGAAGUGAGCCUGAAAACAUCCAGCUAUUGUACAUUGUUUUUGUCUGUGUAAUUAUAGUAAAGAUACUUAAACAAUA